AUGGGGCCAUAUUCAUCCUUGUUUGUUCUCAGUACAAAAUCAGCUUAUACUUUAGUGUUGGUAUACGUCAAUGAUAUUAUCAUUACUGGAUCUAAUGGAUCUAUCAUUCAAAAGCUUGUUUUAGAUCUUAAUUCCCAGUUUUCUUUGAAGGAUUUGGGUGACUUACAUUUUUUCUUGGCCAUUGAAGUCAAGCGGAACUCCAAAGGCAUGUUACUCACUCAAACUACGUAUAUUAGUGAUCGUCUUAAGAAAAUAGGUAUGGAUGGUGCAAAAUCCUAUCCUUCACCAAUUAUUGUUAGUAAACCUCUGUCUUUAGCUGAAGGUGAUCCUUUAUCUGAUCCAGAACUUUUUAGAAGUACCAUUGGAAGUCUUCAAUAUCUUACUAUAACAAGACCUGAUAUCUGCUUUACUGUUAAUAAGCUUGGUCAAUCUGUUCAUGCACCAACUUCUUCUCAUUGGGAAGCUUGUAAAAGAUUGUUGACGUACUUAAAGGGUACGAUAGAUCAUGGUUUACAAUUACAUUCUUCUGUGAAAUUGGUUAUACACGGUUUUACUGAUUCCGAUUGGACUAGUGAUCGGGAUGAUAGGCGAUCUACUAGUGGUUAUGGAAAUUUUCUUGGCUCCAAUUUAAUCUCUUGGAGCUCUAAAAAGCAAGCUGUGGUUGCUCGUUCAAGUACCGAAGCUGAAUAUAGAGCCUUAGCUCAUAACUUCAAAAUUAUGCUGGUUACAAAAUCUACUUAUAGAAUUGCAAGUUACAUUCACGACACCUUUGAUCUGGACAGAUAG